AUGUUAGACCUUUUACUCUUCUUUUUUCUCGCCCUUAUUCUACCACAUUCGGCACAUGCGAGCACCUGCUCGUCAGUCGAGGCGCUAGGGUCCAUUGAAGUUACCUAUUCCUUGAACCUAGCAUACAUCCAAGAGCAGACUCAAUACUGGUCAACAUCUUGCUCUGCUCUUCGCCCUUCAUGUAUCCUUUUCCCAAAAACCGUAGAAGAGGUCUCGACCAUUGUCAAGAUACUUGCGAACAGUUCUGAGCCCUUCGCCGUCAAGUCCGGUGGUCAUAACCCAAACAAUGGAUGGAGCAGUGUCGCUGGCGGGCCUCUCAUUGCGAUGGAACGUUUUGAUCAGGCCAAUCUAGAUCGCAGCACCGGCGUUGUUGACGUUGGCCCUGGUAACCGACUCGAUGGUAUUUCAGCGAAGUUACAGGGUACUGGGUGGACGUUCGUGGGUGGGCGAAUUGGCAAUACGGGAGUCGGCGGCCUCGUCCUUGGUGGAGGGCUCAGUUACAUGUCGACUCAAUAUGGAUGGGCUGCUUCUUCGGUUCUGGAGUAUGAGAUCGUUUUUGCCAAUGGCACGAUCGGGCACAUUAACGGCGAAAACCAUCCAAACAUCUUCAGGGCGCUCAAAGGAGGUGGCAACAACUUCGGCAUUGUUACGAACUAUAAGCUACAGGCACAUCGGCAAGGCAACAUCUGGGGCGGAAAUCUGGUGUACCUACGCACGCCUGAGAAAGAUAAACAACUCCUCCAGGCAGUACGCGACUGGACCGAAUACAACGAGGACGAGAAGGCUGCUGUCAUAGUUACUGCCGAGCGUGCGAAUAUCAACGUUGUCGACUCUUGGAUCAUUUUUCUGUUCUACGAUGGUCCUUCGCCUCCGCCCGGGCUCUUUAAGAAUUUUACAGAUGCCAACCCGCUACUAGAUACAACGAGGACUCAAACCUACGCCGAUCUUAUGGCUACGAGCAACUGGGUUGUCAUCAAGGGCUCUGUCGUAGACAUUGCAACUGAAACGAUACCACUACCAUCCGCUGAAAACCAGGUCAAAGUCAUGGAGGGAUUGCACAACCACUGGCGCAAUAUAUCCAGCACCACGUUGCUCGUACCUGGUAUUGUGGCAUCCAUCGCCUGGCAGCCUUUCCCUAAAAAGAUUGCACAGAAGGCGAGGGAACUCAGCCCGGAUCUAAUUGACGCCGACGCUGAUGUUGACCGCAUCAUCAUCGAAAUGAACUACGCAUUCAUCCCGCAGUCGGAAUACGAGCCAAUGGCAAACACGAUGGAGGCUACAUACUCAGGUGUGAGGAACAGGGUGACGGCGUGGCAGGCGGACGGCACGCUUCCGCAAGCAUACUUACCAAUCUUUAUGAACUACGGAUUCUACCGCCAGGAUUAUUUUGGAAGACUGCGACCCGAGAGUCGAGCGCUGGCAAAAAGAGUGUCGGAGCAGGUUGAUCCGGCGGGGCUUUUCAAGUCCCGUACUGGCGGUUGGAAGCCUUGA